CAACAACCUCUCCGCCUUCAACCACAUCAAUUUCCAUCACAUCUCUUAGCUUUCUAGCGCGCUGUUGUAGUCAUAGUCUAAACAUAAACGUCGAGGAGGGAUCUAAUCGGACUAAAUUUGACGAGGAUCUGAAGAAUCUAACCGAUCUAACUAUUGCUAGAUUUUGGCAGCGAUAAGCGAUGCUGGAAGCAACGCUGAUAUAGAUGUCGAUGGAGAAAAUUUCAAAAAGAAAGAAUAGGGUAGAUCUAGUGGAGAGGAAGAGAAUAAUUGAGAGAUGACAAUAGAGAGAGAAAUAGAUACGUGGUGGUGGCCGGUGGGGGAGGAAGAAAAGAUAAGUAUAUAUCUAGCUAUCAAGCGGCAUUAAUUACAUAUACGUACAACACACACAUGGAUUUAUUUUUCUUCUUUAUUUAUGGAGUAAUUACAUCAAUGAUGAUGAUCAGGACGGCAGAUAUGGCAGCUGCAACUUACACCAACGGCGGUGGCCAUGCGGCGGCGGCAUACACAUGUAGGUCAUAUUGUGGGAAUUUGAGCGUGGACUACCCUUUCGGACUCCGCGCCGGAUGCGGCCACCCGGGAUACCGUGACCUCUUGUUCUGCAUCAAUGAUGUAUUGAUGCUCCACGUCACAUCCGGCUCCUACCGCGUCCUCGACAUAGACUACGCCUACCAAUCCCUCACACUGGACGAACCACACAUGUCCACCUGCGGCGCCAUCUUCCUCGGCCGCCGCGGCAACGGCUUUGUGGUCGAGCCGUGGCGGGCUGCCUACCUCCAGCCCGCUCCAGACAACGUGUUCAUGCUCCUCGGAUGCUCUGCCCGCUCGCCCCUCUUCCAAGAAGGAUUCCGGGCCGGGAAGCACCUGCCGUGCCGGAACGUGUCCGGAAUGGGGUGCGAGGACUACUACGGCUGCCCGGCCUGGAACGACGUUGUCGGUACGCUGCAGCACGACCACGACGGGUCGCCGCCGGUUACUCAUCCGCCGGAGUGCUGUGCGGUGGCAUUCGGAACAAUGAAGGCUAUAAACUUGAGCAAGCUGGAUUGCCAAGGAUACAGCAGCGCUUAUAGCCUUGCGCCCCUGAGAUUGGAGCAGGGCGGCGGCGGCGGCGCUGAGGGGUGGUCGUAUGGGAUAAGAGUCAAGUUCUCCACCCAAGGUGGAGGUGGUGACAUCUUUUGUAAAUCCUGUCGGGCAACGGGCGGAUCCUGUGGGUAUGAAGCUGCAGCCGGACGCGGCGGCAGUUACACCAAUGCCUGCAUAUGCGGCACCUCGAACUCUACCACAAACUGUGAUUCCGCUGCAGCUGAUAUUCGCUCCGAUUCGAGCAGAGGAACAUGGUCGAUCAUGGGAACAGUAGCAGGAUUUUUUUUGUUACAUUUGUGAACAAUGUUCUUGAGAACUUUGGACUUAUACUAUACUAUAGCUCGUUAGAGGGCCUAUUUGAGAAUAACGUUAGAGAAUAACG